AUGCCCAUUAGACCACAGGACCUGGCAAGAACGCUAAGUCUGAUAGUUGGGUGGAAGAGCAGAAGAGGGACAGAAGCCUCGAUGAACCUGGGGGAAACUGCUCAGUUAGAACAAAAGGAGAACCAACACAAAACCCCUAACCAGGGAGGACAUUCCCCAAUUAUGAUGGGAAUGGGAAGAAAGAAUAGCAGACCUAACAGGUCCAAUACCUCUGGAGCUACCACCACUCAGAGUGAUCAAUCAUUGAAUACCGUUGAUUGA